UAUAGAUAUAUAUCAUAAUAACAAGAAAAGAGCGGAUAGAGGCGGGAAAAAAGAGAGAAAUACCGCACGAGGGGCUGCAGGAGCGUGCACGGGACCGUUGGCUCGUGACGUCGGCGCGGGGGGAGAUGUAGCUGUCACGGCCGUUCGCAGGAGCAGCGGGAGGACGGACGUGUGACGGGACCGACUGAGCCAGCUGUGGCCCCGUGCCUAACGGCCACAUCUGGGCGGAGGGUCGCGCGCUGACAGCACGAGGGGCGGAGGGGGGGGCCCCCCCCGCGCGGGCCCCCCCCCCCCCCCCCCCCCCGUCGGCGGCCAGGCUCCGGUCGCCGGUCCGGGUCGAAAAAGGGGGGCCUCGGCAGCUCUGGACGACAGCGGGGAGGAGGUGGAGGCCAUGGAGGAGGGCGACACGGAAGGGGAAGGGCCCAUGGCGGUCAGAGAGGGGCCGAGCGGUCAGGGCCUCCUGCUGGACCCCGGCAACAGCAACACCAACACCACCACCAACCUCCUGGCCUCCGUCAAAGAGCAGGAGCUCCAGUUCGAGCGGCUGACUCGGGAGCUGGAGGAGGAGCGGCAGAUCGUGGCGAGCCAGCUGGAGAGGUGCAUGCUGGGAGCCGAGUCCCCGGCGGGAGAGAGCAGCAGCUCAUCCGAGAAGUCGUUUGCAUGGAGAUCUGCAGGCGGAGAGUCUCAGGUGGGAGCCACGGAGGCCUCUGGCUGUCCCGGUCGUCCCCUGGAGGCCGAGGAAGGACUCUACCUGCCCGAAGCGGACCGCGCAUCCCUGCAUGACAGCUCAGGAGGUCAUUCAGCCCACAUGACGUCCUAUUCAGACAGCGGCUACCAAGACAGCAGCGUUAGUUAUUACAGCAACCACAACGUGGUCCGCUCAGAGCCCCGGGCCUCGGCAUCCAGAAGCCCCAGGGCGGAGGGUCAGGCCUCUGGGCAGGCGUCCAGUCGGAUGUUGCGGCGGAUGGCCUCCAGGAGCCAGUCCCCGGGCUGCGGGACGGCCGGCACCGUCUCGCCGUCCCGCAUCUCCCUGCGGACGUCGCAGGGCAGCACCUACGACUCGCCCGUCCUGUCCGAGCCCAAGCCGCUGGCCGCCAUCUUCCCCGGCACCACCAUGCCGCCCUCCUGCCCGUCGCCCACCUCCCCGGGCGACGCCCCCCAGGGCCCGGGCGGCGGGGAGGGAGGAGUGGGGUUCGGCGGUGGGGGGCGCGCGGGACGGCUGGGCUCCACCCUCUCUUUGAUCGAGGGCAGGGCCCUGACGGGCUCGCCGCUCCGCUCGGGGAUGACGGCGGUCCCCCAGCAUUACGGCUCCACGCUGCCCCGGCAGAGCCAGUCGCUGGCCUACGGCGCCGACCCCUACGGCCUGUACCAGAGGAGCGCCCUGCCCCGCCCCGACAGCCUCAUAGGUGAGCUGACUUCUCAUAACGAGCCGUGUGGACACACACGGGCUCACACACGGCCGGCUGCCCUGCCGGCCUUCACCUCAGCCUUCACCUGCUCUCCAACUCCAGUUUGGGCUGCACAGCUCAUACGCCGCCCGCUGUACCACAGCCCCACGCACGACCCCCAAGGCUCCCUCUACAGGAGCAGCACAGGUAUGGGGACUCUCCCUCGAGCCACGAGCCAUUGCGGCACGCUGCCAUACCAAAGAAACAGCUUUGGGCUGACCUCCGCGGCCGUCUACGUGGACCCCCUCAGGGUGUCCGGCGAGCCCGUCUACUCCCACCGGCACUCUGGCCUGCUGGACCGGGCCGUCACCCGCACCCCGUCCAUCGAGAGCAUCCACAAGGAUCCCAGGGAAUUUGCAUGGCGCGACCCGGAGCUGCCGGAGGUCAUCCACAUGCUGCAGCAUCACUUUCCGUCCGUCCAGGCCAACGCCGCAGCCUACCUGCAGCACCUGUGCUACGGAGACAACAGGGUCAAGGUGGAGGUGUGUCACCUGGGAGGGAUCCAGCACCUGGUGGACCUGCUGGACAACAAGGUGGCCGAAGUUCAGAAGAGCGCCUGCGGGGCCCUGAGGAACCUGGUGUACGGCAAAGCCACCGACAGCAACAAGGUGGCGCUGAGGAACUGCGGCGGCGUGCCCGCUCUGCUGCGCCUCCUCAGGAAAACCACGGACAACGAAGUUCGCGAGUUGGUCACAGGCGUCCUGUGGAACUUGUCCUCUUGCGACGCAGUGAAGAUGACCAUCAUACGCGACGCCCUCACGACCGUGACCAACACGGUGGUCAUCCCCCACUCUGGCUGGAGCAGCGUCUCUCACCGCGACGAGCACAAAGUCAAGUUCCAGUCCUCUCUGCUGCUGCGCAACACCACCGGCUGCCUGAGGAACCUGAGCUCGGCGGGGGAGGAGGCGAGGAGCCAGCUGCGCUGCUGCGAGGGCCUGGUGGACUCGCUGCUGCACGUCCUCAAAGCCUGCGUCAACACGUCCGACUACGACAGCAAGAUUGUGGAGAACAGCGUCUGCACUCUGAGAAACCUCUCGUACCGGCUGGAGGUGGAGAUGCCCUCUUCUCGUCUCCUGGGCAACCAGGAGCUGGACACCCUGCUGGGCUUCUCCUCCCCGGCCAAGGAACUGGACUACCUCUGCUGGGGGAAAAGGAGGCGUGGCCGGAAGAGGGGCGGUUGGCCCGAGGGCAAGUGGGACGGCAUGGGGGCAGUCCCGGGUUUCUCCCAGUGUCUGAGAGGAGCGGAGCUGCUGUGGCACCCGAUGGUGGUGAAGCCGUACCUCAACCUGCUGGCUGAAAGCUCCAACCCCGCCACGCUGGAGGGCGCGGCCGGCUCCCUGCAGAACCUCUCUGCCGGAAACUGGAAGUUCUCGGCCUACAUCCGAGCGGCGGUGCGAAAAGAGAAAGGUCUGCCCAUCCUGGUGGAGCUGCUGCGGAUGGACAACGACCGGGUCGUCUGCUCCGUCGCCACCGCCCUCCGAAACAUGGCGCUGGACGGGCGCAACAAGGAGCUGAUAGGAAAGUACGCCAUGCGGGAUCUGGUGAACCGGCUGCCCGGCAGCAACCCCUCCGUGCUGUCGGACGACACGGUGGCGUCGGUGUGCUGCACGCUGCACGAGGUGACCAGCCGCAACAUGGAGAACGCCAAAGCUUUAGCCGACAGCGGCGGCAUCGAGAAGCUGGUGGACAUCAGCAAAGGCAGAGGAAAAGGGUACUCGAUGAAAGUGGUGAAGGCGGCGGCUCAGGUGCUGAACACGCUGUGGCAGUACAGAGAGCUACGGAGUCUGUACAAACAGGACGGAUGGAACUACACCCACUUUGUCACCCCCAUUUCCACUCUGGAGCGCGACCGGUACCGCUCUCAGCCCACCCUGCCCACCAGCCCACUGCAGAUGUCUCCCGUCAUCCAGUCAGGCGGCAGCGCAACAUCCUCCCCCGCGAUGCUGGGGAUUAGACGACACAGCUCCAACUACCAGAGGGCACAAUCAUCUAUGCAACUGAACACUUAUUACGGAGACAGUUUACACAAACGGCAGUACACAGGGUCCGAGAAGAAAAGCCCAUACUUCAUCGGGACCUACUCGUCCCAAUCCGGAGAGGAUUUGAGACGAUUGCAGCACACGGAGCCCUUUUACGACGAGCCCGACAGGAAGAACUACAACAGCUAUCGAAUGUACCUGGCGUCCCCACAAGGCUACGGCGAGGAUCAGUACGACGACGAGCCCUUUCACCCGAGCCCGUCGCCCCCCGAGGGCUACGCCGGCCAGACGCUCCGAUUCAAAGGCAACACCAACUACGUGGACUUUUACUCGACUACACGGAGGCCUUCAAACAGGGCCAACAAGUUCACGGGCUCCCCCGACUCUUGGGUGUAGAUACCAAAUAGUCAGGUCGCGAGCGUGCGAGCAUCUGUUGGGAAAGCGCGCUAAACGACCAGGUGCGGGUUUGCUCCGCGCACCUUUUGACUAAGCCUGCGAGUAAGUAAAGCAGAGCCGCUAUCGGGCGAACUGACGACGGCACUUUUUGAGGUAGGGGGGGGGGUGACGUUUGAGUAGUCGGGCUCAUCGACAAGAAAGGGAAGCUUAAGCUCGUUUUUGAGUUCCAUCUUUUGGGGGCACGUUUUGUACCCCCUCUCCUUUUGUUUGAGUCGGCAAAUAUGGUUCCACGGGUGUCAUUUAAAGUGCGUUCUGAAAAAGGGACGCCUAACAGGGAGUUGUAAUUGGGGUCACUUUGUGCGUGCGAACGAGAAGCGGGACUAGCGCUUAAGCGUCCGCGGCUUAAUUGCGGCCCCUCGACGUGACGAUUCGAUCACCGUUUGAGCUCAGCGACGGAUCAAAGUUUAGCGAAAUCCAAUCUGAACUCAAAGGCUGACUUUGGCCCCAAAAAAGCAAAUGUGAAAAAAGCAAUGUCCAAAAUCCUGUUUAGAUGAAGCAUUUAUUAAAUUGUGACUAUGUUUCACAGCGUUUAUCUUGAGCUGCCUUUUGAAAAUGUUAGAAAAGAGUGUUAGGAACAAGCUUGAAAUAAUGAAAAAAUGGAUGUGAUAAAAAAUGCAUGGCUUGAAGAAAAGACCCAAAAAAGUGGAUGUUAAUGUUAAAAUGCAAACAAGUCUCCAUCCAGGCGCGCUUUAAGUUGCCGGGUCGCAAACGGUCACGUCGCAAAGGAUCAAACUAGCAUUCUAAUAGCAUCAAUGAGUUUUUUCAGCAUUUGUGCCGUGGGUGUAAAAGCGCAAAUCCAGGCUUAGUCAAAAGGUAUUUAGUUUGAGGUGGAGGGAGGCAAAAAAAGAAAAAAGGCCCUAAUUCAUUGUUUGUCGGAGCGGAUGUCGAUGUCAACCAAGUUUUAUUUGUUUCUGCAGUCAAAGUGUGCACUUUGUUGGCUCGAUGACAUAAGUAUUGUCUCCCAGCAUCAUCAGAACGGAAGGGAUGCGAUUGAGGCCGAGGAUCCCGCGAGGAGAGCCCAUCCACUCCAAUCAUUUAACGGUAAAUCAAAGGAAAUUAACUUUAAUCGAAGUUAAAAAAAAUCAAUAAAAAAAACAUCCGAUUACAGUUGAAUUUGGAACGGGCGUCCUCCGUUUUGGAAACGUUUAGUCUUUACUGUGCGUGACAGGGGCCAAAAAGCUCAGUAUACGAUAGACUAUCUGACAUGUGCGGGGGGCAAAAAAGCGUGAAUCUAUUUGUACAGAAACGGUUUAAGUGUCCUGUUCCACUGUUGUAUUAAAUCUGUAGAAGUUUGUAUGUGAUUGUGCGGCUAAAGAUUUUGUAUAAUUUUGAUGACUUUUUAUUUCCUUGCGACCUGACGAAAAUGGCGCAUCUGUCUGUCGUGUGGAAACCGAGGUGUAAUGUGGCAGCAGGCAAAUAUGUAUAGAGAUUAAAUAAUUCUACAAGGACGACUUGCGUUUUUGUCGUGCGUUGCUGAUGCGU